AUGGUGACCAUCAGAACUUCGCAAUCAACAAACCAGCAGAGUGAGGGGGGUGGUGCGUCGCCCACCACCGGGGCACCUAAUAUCGAGGCUGGAGACGACGAGAUAAUGCAAAAGUCAAUCGAGGAGAACUGGGAGAAUAGUCCCGAGAAUCCGUACAACUGGUCCACACAAUCAAAGAUUUUACAGGUUUCAUUGAUCUCAUCUGCUGCUUUCACAACCUCUGUAGGAGUGUCAAUUCUAUCCCCGGCCCACAGCCAGUUCAUGGAAGAGUUUGGAGUGGGCAGCACAGUCGCUAUACUGCCCCUCUCGCUUUACGUCCUUGCACUGGGACUCGGCCCCGUUGUCGGGGGACCUUUAUCUGAAACAGUCGGGAGGUAUCCUGUAUACCUGGGCACUGUCGUUCUCGGAAGCCUCUUCACAUUGGGAGUUGGAUUCAGCCACAGCUUUGCUGCUGUUUGUGUUCUGCGCUUCCUGGCAGGGUUCUGCUUCGCGCCGUCGCUGGCCAUUGCUGGCGGCACGAUCAACGAAACCUUCAAGCCCGUGAAACGUGCCCUUCCAUCGACGAUGUUCAUUCUCACUCCUUUCCUGGGACCUGGCCUCGGACCGGUUGUUGGCAGCUUUAUUGUGAACCGCAAAGGCUGGCGGUGGACUCAGUGGACGCUGAUUUUCUUCGGCGCUUUCACGAUUCUUAUAUCUCUUUUCGCGAAGGAGACGUUCCAUCCAGCCAUUAAACGCCGCGUCGCCACAAAAGCCGGCUGGCCUCUAUCCGCAUCACCGCCCCUGGCCACCAAACUUCGGCUCUUCGUGACGAUUGCCCUCUUCCGUCCUAUCCAAAUGCUGCUGAGCGAGCCAAUAGUUGCUUUGAUAUGUCUCUAUGUGGCUUGUGAGUUCGCGACACUCUUUUCGUUUUUUGCCGCUCUCCCACUCGUCUUCCACGGGGUAUACGGCUUUGGGAUUGAGACGACCGGUCUUGUGUUUCUUUCCAUAGUAGUCGGAUGCCUACUGGGAGCUCUGACGGUGCUUAUUUGCGACAUACUCCUUUAUCGACCUCAGACUGCCAAAUUCCCUGGUGGCCAUAUCCCACCAGAGUAUCGCCUCUUUCCCGCCAUGAUUGGGAGUAUCGGUCUCCCGAUCGGACUAUUCUGGUUUGGAUGGACCUCCCGUGCGAGUAUACACUGGGCCAGUCCAGUGGUAGCUAUUAUGGUAUUCGCAUGGGGGAAUCUAUGUGUCUUUGUUAGCACUACGCAGUAUAUUGUUGACACCUACGCCGGGUCAACCGUUGCCAGUGCCAUGAGUGCAAAUAGUUUGGCCCGCUAUACUCUUGCGGCCGCAUUUCCUCUCUUCACGAUCCAGAUGUACACCAAGCUCGGCAAUGGGCGGGCUUCGAGUCUCCUCGGUUUCAUUUCUGUCGCGCUCCUACCAGUUCCUUGGCUUUUCUUCAUGACUGGCCCUAAAUUACGGAAGAUGAGCAGGUUUGAGACUGCAGUUAAUUAG